UUGUGCUCCCUUUGUUGAUCAAAAGCUUCUUAUAAUUUGCUGGUUACUAUUAAAUUUUGGAUUGGAGAUUCUAGAAAGGUUUCUAAUUCAAUCCUUGUCUGGGUCUUAUCUGAGUUUAUUUUUAGUGGUUCAAAAUUUGAUUUUGGAUUGGAAGAUUUUUACUUAGAGAAUUUGGGGGAAAGGGUUACGAAUCUAUUAGAAAUGCGUUUGACAUUGAGAAGCUCAUCUACGAGAUCUUUCGAUUUUGGAGAGCAAGUUUCUCUUCGGUUAAGAUGAUUAGAGGCUCUGGGUUUCCAAGCUAUGGGAUGGUUGCCCAGAUUGAAAAUACAUGUUAAUCAACUUCCUACAACUAUUGCAAUAGUGGCAUCAUAUGACACAUUUGGGGCGUCUCUGAAUUGUAGAUUUUGCAAUUAUAAUUAUUAUACUUAUCAAGAAUUGUCUUCUGCUCUUGAAAAAAUGUUCAGCUGUUUCAUGAUAGGGUCUCUAUCUCAAAUACCAAAAGAUGAAUCUCUAAAGAUCACCUUGAAAGUUCUAAAAUGUGAAGUUCUUAGCGUAUCUCCUAUUAAGCUAUGGAUUACAACAAGAACAUUGAAUUUGCAGCUAUGGAUUACUAAACAUGUACAACUCUAGUAGAGCUGUUGAGGAAGUUGACAGCUUUGGUGAUACCUUUAAGUGUAGAAUAAGAAUUUAGGGAAGAAGACCUGGCAGGUUUGGUGCAUACUUUAGUACAAAACCCAAGUCUUGCUCAGUAAACUCUUUAAGUACUGAGAAUUUUAAGUACAAAAAUGAAGACAAUCUUUUGACAGUAACAAUUCCAAGCAUAAUCAGUAACUGGGAUAUCACUCUUCACUAUUGAGAUCCUCUCUAUUUUUACAAGGCAAAGCCUCAACUGUAAGAAAAACAAUGGUUGUUUUUCCAAGUGUGACUCGAGAAUAAAGACCAUGUGAUGAUUUGAUUAUGUGGGAAAAGAGGGUGAGAGACUCAGCACAUAUCUAAUUACUUUGGUGUUCUCUCUCUAAAAAAAUGUACUGUGAGGCCUCUCAACUUAUUGACAUGACUGAUGAAAAGUUGACUCAUUUGAAAUGCACAUUGGAACAUUCAUUCUCGUCAAUCAUCACUGUAGUGUUUGAUAUGUAUAUAAUUAGGUUGUAGAGUAGUUUUUGAUACGUACACUAUCUAAGUUGGAGGGCCCUUAUAUGAUUGCCUCUUAACUUUUCAUCUUGAUUUCAUGCUAGAUUAAUCACAAGUGAAGGAUUAGUAAUAGUUAGUAA